ACAAAUAAGAAAUGUUUAGGUUGCAUAAAACAAGGCCGGCACCUGGAAGUAAUAAAUCAGGGGAAAAGAUAGAUUUUAAGUUCUCCAACUUCAAACUGGUGCAGGUACCAAAAGGAUGGGACAGGUUGUUUACGUCGAUCAUGUCAAUGGAGAAUGGGAAAACCAUGGCAAAGACGAGCAAAGCACUGGUUCGAAAUGGGAGUUGUCAUUGGACAGAGACUUUGUCGGAAUCUACUUGGGUAUCAAAAACAGAGAAGAUGGGAGAUUGUCUCUUCAAGCUUGUUGUUGCAAUGGGAUCAGCGAGAUCUAGCAUCCUUGGAGAGGCGACAGUGAAUAUGACAGGCUACAUAAAUUCAACAGUCGUUGUUCCGGUUUCAUUGCCGUUGAAAAAAUGCAACCAUGGGACAGUUCUGCAGUUGAAAAUUCAAUGUUUGACACCAAGACCAAAGCCCAUGGACAAUGAAACAGAGCAGACAAAUUCCAAAGAGGAAGGUAAUAACACCAAACACCCUCCUGAUCUGAGCCUUAGUUCAGAUGGUACAGAGAGUUCAACAGCAAAAGCUGCAGAUUCAUCUCUUACUCCAGAUUUUGUCUCAGCCCCACUCCAAGAAGAACUUGUCAGUAGGGAAGCAAGUUUCUCAGCUUCAGAUUCGUUUCUCAGCUAUGACUCGGCAGAGAGUUCUAUAGGGAGGGAAAGUUCAUCUUCUGUAAGCAAUUUGAAUGGCGACUCUAUGAGCCUGAUGGAAAAACAAGUUGCACCCACUUCUCAAAAUGGUCUAAACAAUGGGAAUUCUCACGUUGAUGAUCUUUCUCAUUCAGAUCAUUCAUCUUUUGUUUCACAAAGCAGUUCUUCGGAUACUUGGAGAGCCAACGAUUCUGCAAAAAACCUUCUUGAAGCAGCAGAGAAAACGAUUGAAGAGCUUCAUGCGGAAGCAAAGAUGUGGAAGAAGAAUGCCGACAAGUUGAUGCUUGAUUUGGACAUAUUGUGGAAACAAUACUCCGACCAGUCUAAAACUCAGGCAAAUUUGACGACGGAACUAUCGGCGGCGAACGCGGAACGCGACGGACUAAGGAAAGAAGUCGAGCAUCUGAAAACUUUGUUGGAGAAAUCAAUGGUGAAACAAACAACCUCGGGAGAUUCAACGUUUCAGGAUGAUGGAAUAACCCUUUUACAGAAGGAAUUGGAAAAUGAAAUUAAGUUCCAAAAAGAGACUAAUGACAGCCUGACUUUGCAGUUGAAGAGGAGCCAAGAAGCAAAUGUUGAGCUUGUUUCAGUUCUUCAGGAGCUGGAAGAGACCAUAGAAAAGCAGAAAGUUGAAAUGGAGAACAUUUCGUCCCUGCGUUCACAUGUGAGUGAAUUGGAGAACACUAUGCAGCAAAAUUCAGAGGAAAACAGGAACUUAAUGAUCCAGCUUCAACAAUCAAGAGAAUCAGAGAUGAAUUUGCAGGCCGAGGCGCAUCGUGUCGAACAGGCCUUGAAAGACAAAGAAAAUAGUGAUGCCCUUGAAGAAGAAUAUAAGAAUAUGUUAGCAGCUAAAGAAAGAGAACUCGUUGGUUUGAAAGUAAAGCUAUCCGAGUCUCGAAAGGAAAGACAUUUUUCAAAUCCGGAGCUUCGGAAGGGUGGCGAUGUGCAUCUGAUCAGAGAAAUCGAAGCCUUGAGAGCAAAACUAGAGGAGUUAGAAACUGAUUGCAACGAGCUGACCGAUGAGAAUCUUGAAUUACUACUCAAGAUAAAGGAAACAAAUGGAGGAGUUGCAGGAAGUGAACAAAAGUCUGAAAUGCUUCUCCUGGAAGAGAAACUAAGGAAGAAAAUUCUCAGGGAGAUUCAAAGUGAUUACAACAGUUACAUUCAGGAACUUGAAACUCAAAGAAUUGAACUUGAAGCUGAAGUAACUGAUUUAGUAAACGAGUUAGCUCAAAAAAGAACUGACAUUCAAACACUGGAAACUACAAUACAGUCAAAGGAAGAGGAGAUUAUGGAACUUAGGUUGAACCAAAGUAAACUUGAGGAUAAGUGUAAAUAUCUGAGAAGAGAAAUUACAGAGUUACAAGCAACUAAUGAGACACUAAUCGAAGAAUGCAAUUCGAUUAAGCAGUCGGCUGAGGACUUGAGGAAGGACAAGUCAGAAUUGGAAGAGCAUUGUGCUCACUUGGAGGGCAAAUUAAGGGAGUGCAGCAAAAAGAUUGAAGUGUUUGAUGGAAAUCUAACUUUAGUGAUGAAAGAUUUCGCAUCAGAAGAGGAGAGGCUAACAUUGGGGUUGGAUGAAAUUUAUGAUAAAACCAUGAAACUCGAGGCAAAACUGAAGCUUGAAGAAAGCUCCUGUAGUCGAACCGAUGAAGUCGAAAAUCUUCGACAAGAGGUGGAAAGUUUUGCUAAGCAACUCUCUGCAGCACAUCAUGAAAAGGAGAAAACAGCUUAUGAUGCUCUAUGUGAAAUUUCAGGUUUACAAGAAGAUAAAGUUAAACUAGAAUCAGCUCUUGAAGAAGCCAAAUCUAAACUGAGGCUUACUGAGAAUGAAUUCAAGAAAACGGAAACUGAAGCUAAAUCAGAAGUGGACGACCUGUUGAGCGAACUUGCAGCCUCGAGAGAAAACCGGGAAGCAUUGAUGGUGGAACAUGAAAAAGCUUUGAAGUUGUUGGAGUGUUACAAGUCCAGUGAAGGGAAACUCAAAACCAUUGUGAAUGACCUCGAAUUAAAGCUGAUUGUUUCUGAAUAUGAACAGCAGAAAGUAUCAGAACAAUCUAGCAAUAUGAAGGUUCAGCAGCUGAAGAUAGAAAAUCUUGAGGAUGACAUUUUGGCUCUAAGAGAUGAACUUGUCUCGAUUGAAGCCGUGAAAGGCGAACUCGAAACUUCAUUGCAUCUAUUAUCCAGAGAAUGUGAUGAUCUGAAGGCAGAGAGAAAUUACUUCAUGCAGCAGAUUUCUACCUUGCAAAAGGUUGUUUCAGAGUUGGAUGUUUACAAACAUGAAAAAGUAGCCUUGGAAGAAAAACUUGUGCAGAUGGAAGGCGAUCUCGCAACAAAAGAGCCAUUAUUAAAGAAUGUAGAGAUUAAAAAUGAGCUUAAUGAGAUCAAGCAGACAAACAGACAGCUCCAGCAGCAAAUAAAACAGCUUCAAGAGGAGAAAGAUGAGCUUCUGAUAAAACCUGAAACACUUGAGGAUAAAUUGAAACUGAAAGUGGAAGAAAAACAGACGCAGCGACAUUCCGGUUAUCACAGAAACAGAAGAGAGGAUAGUCAUUACGAUUCCAAUGAUGGAAGCAAUGAAAGUGAGCUUACCAAAGCCACGGAAUCCAAUAACAAGUAUAAAGCUCGUGUAACUAGGUUAUCAGAGGGUCGGAGAAGUCAAUCAAAUACAUCAAGAAAAUCAACUGUUGAAACUGAAGUUGUGGCAAAAGAGAAAUAUGAACGCACAAAAACAUCUCUAGAGGCAGAGCUAAGUGACAUACGAGAGCGUUAUCUCCAAAUGAGCCUUAAAUAUGCAGAAGUUGAAGCUCAGCGUGAAGAACUUGUGAUGAAGCUUAGAGGAGUCAAGAGUAUCAGAAGGUGGUUCUCCUCAAACCCUCCAAACUAAGAAAAAAUUGUUUUCUUGUUUCUCUUAUAAUUUGAAGCAAUUUCUUUC